AACUUCUGCAAUUUUUCGAGGAAUUCUAUCACAUGCAACUGAAAAUCUAUGAUCGGAUGGACCGAUUAGUGGACAUCGGAUACUUUGAUGUGAACUCUGAUAGCAUGAACGGGUUUGAUGAGAGACGUGGGGAUAUUCAGGAAAGAUGGAAGUAUUUACGCUGCUUGGACGACGAACAAAACAUGAGGAACGACGUAAUGUAG